CCGGAUCUUCCCGAGUAGGUCAGUCUAGACUUACAUGUUGUUCAUAAUAUCAAAUAUUUGUUUCCCUGACCCUAAGUCAAUGAUUCAUAGACCCUAUGAGGGGUCAGACAAUUAAACUUCGAUUUUAGUGCAUACCUAAGUACUUCUUCUUACUUCUCUUGCAACAUUAAGUGAAUAUUUGAAAACGUUCCAGUGGACCUGUGCAAUGAUACAGCUGCCUGCAAACACCCACUUCCGGCGGCUGACAGCCAAGAAAACAUCCGCAAUAUUCUUACGCCCGUGACCAAACUCAAAGAGGGGGCACUGGAGAGGAUAAAGGGAGUUUUCAACAUACAGGAGAGGAGGAAAUAUGCCUUUGUGACGGCAGCAUCAGCGGAUCACUUUGAUGAAUCCCAGGAGAUGAUCAUGACUCUGGAUAAAUACAUCUUCCCUUAUCUGAGCAACUACUCGUUCUAUUAUUACGACAUGGGCCUGAACAAGAGUCAGGUGAAACUGCUACAGCAAUAUGGAAGAGCUGAAAUAAAACGUUACCCAUUCGAUUUGCUGCCUGAUCGGUUUUCCUACUUGAGGUGUUAUACAUGGAAGCCAAUUGUAAUACAGGCUCAUUUUGACAAUGCUGAGUACACAAUUUGGUUGGACGCAUCUGGGCGGUUCGACAAAGGCAACCUACUUGAAAUGUUCGACUUGCUGAAAGAAACAGGCGUGCUUUUGUCUCCAUGGCCGAAAUAUCCUUUCGCCCAACAUUGUUCAAAGUAUAUGUUUUCCUACUUCAACACUGAACCAUGUCACUUUUCAGUUUAUCACGAAUCUGAAGCCAAUGUUAUUAUGUUACACAACCAGCCAUUCACACGACGACUUGUAAUGGAUCCAUGGGUGUCAUGCGCAGUGGACCCGAACUGUAUGUGCCAUCCAGGUGCAACAAAACUGUAUUUUUGUUCAUUCGGCAAAAGGAGGUAUGGGAAAUGUCAUCGGUAUGACCAGUCUGCCCUCAAUUUGAUUCUUUUACAGCUGUUGAGAAGGAAUAUACAUUCUAUACAGUAUGUCAAAAAGAAAUAUGCACAUGUCUCGAGGAAAAUAGGACAGUUGUAUCUCAAAGAUAUGUUCAAUAAAAUAUCAUGAUGUCA